AUGAAGUCGCUUCCGACUCGUCUGUUUCUGCUGCUCAUAGGAGCAUGGGCCUUACUAGUACAAGCACAAAAUCUGGAACUGCCUGCCUGCGCGAAAACUUGCCUGGCCACAUCCAUAGCAAGAUCGUCGUGUGCGCCGACCGACCAAACAUGCAUAUGCACGGAUGCCAGACUCCAGCAGGAGGUUAACGAUUGCGUGCGGGAAAAGUGCACCAUCAGGGAGGGACUGGUGACGCUCAACACGACGUCGACCGAAUGCGGCCUGCCGGUCCAGGACAAGCGGCAGCCCCUCAAGACGCUGGCCAUCACGCUGGGCGCCAUCUCGCCCCUGUUUGUGAUCCUGAGGAUGUCCGCACGCUUCAUGCUGAUGAACCAGGGCGGCGCCGCCGUCGCGGUGGGCGAGGACGACUGGUUCAUCCUGGCGGCCUUGGUCGUCGGCGUGCCCAACACGGUCAUCAUCGUCAGCGGCCUGGUCGACUCGGGAGGCCUCGGCCUCGACAUCUGGAGGCUCGACCCCGAAACCAUCAACUCGUUUGGCAAGUACUUUUACGCAACCGCAAUCAUGUACUUUGCCGAGGUGACGCUGCUCAAAAUGUCGCUUUUGUGGUUCUACCUGCGCAUCUUCCCCUCGCGUGGCGUGCGGCUCGCGCUGUGGGCCACCAUCGCCUUUAACAUCGCUUUUGGCAUCACCUUUUUCUUGCUUGGUGUGCUGCAGUGCCAGCCAAUUUCGUAUUUUUGGACAAAAUGGGACGGGGAGCACGAGGGAACCUGCGUCGACAUCAACACGGUAGCCUGGUCCAACGCCGGCAUCAGCAUCGCGCUCGACAUCUGGAUGCUCGCGGUGCCGCUAUCGCAAUUACAAGCCCUUCGACUCAAUUGGAAGAAAAAGGUCGGCGUCGCGCUCAUGUUUUGCGUGGGUACCCUGGUCACCGUGGUCAGCGUGCUGCGGCUGCAAUCCCUGGUGGCGUUUGCGCGGUCCGACAACCCCACCAUGGACAGCUGGGACGUGACGAGCUGGUCCGUCAUCGAGAUCAACGUCGGCAUCAUGUGCACUUGCCUACCCAGCCUGCGCCUGCUGCUGGUGCGCAUCUUCCCGCGCCUGGGCGGCGGCGGCGGCUCGUCGGGCGCGUCGAGGGCAUACGGCGGCGGCGGCGGCGGCGGGCGCACCGGCGCCACCCUGGGCGGGACAGGCGGAACGUCGAGGAUCGGGACCGUGUCCAAGGCCGGGUCGGUGACGCGGCCCAAGGACGCGGAGCUGCGGGGCGGCAUCACGAUGCAGCGGACUUAUAACGUCUCGUACAGCGACCCGGACGACGAGGAGAGCCUGGUGCAGAUGCACGACCUGGAGCCGAGGCGGAGGAUCGAUUUCGAGAAGCCCGGGAGCAGCGCGAGCUCGGUCACCAUCGCGCCCGCGGCCGAUUCUUGGAUGUCGGGGGGAGGGAGGCGUUCCGGAUAG